GACCUUUUGCUACGACAAGCGUUCCUGUUCUGGAAAAAUCUCCCUAGAAUUUGCUAAAACGGAUUCACCAUUCAUUCAUCCAACAUGAAUGAGGAGAGGAAGGCCAAAAGGUUGAGCAAGCUGCGAGCAAUCGCAAUCGAGCGGUUGACCGCGGAGCGCAGGGAGUGGAAAAAGACUCACCCCUUCGGUUUCGUGGCCCGACCCAGCAAGAAUCCUGAUGGCACCCUCAACAUGAUGGUCUGGGAUUGUGCCAUCCCCGGCAAGAAGUCUACAAUCUGGCAGCGCGGCUUUUACAAGCUGCAAAUGAUCUUCAAGGACACCUACCCUCGCUCGCCGCCCAAGUGCAGAUUUGAGCCGCCGCUGUUCCACCCGAACGUUUAUCUCACGGGAACCGUCCGCCUGGGGCUGAUCGACGAGUGGAAGGACUGGCACCCGGACAUCACCGUCAAGCAGAUCCUGGUUACCAUCCAGGACCUGCUCGACGAGCCGAUCACCAAAUACCCGGCCCAGGUGGAGGCCCUCAUCCUCUACGUCCAGAACCGUCUGGGGUACGAGAAGGAAGUGCGCGAGCAGGCCCUCGCCAUGGUCCGCAAAGAUUAGUAGGCGUCCUGCGCUUGGCUUCCCAUUAAUACAUUGAUACAUUAACACAGACAUUAAUGAACAAAAACAUCUAGGCGGUUAGCGUUUUCGUGAAUGCUCACCACAUCUAUUUACUUGUAAAAACUCUACCUUUCGAUUCGAGGACCAGCACACAACUAUUCACUCUAAAGAAUAAUAAAAACCAGAACCUAA